AGCGUGCGACGACUGUCGACUGUCGGUCACGUGGCUCCCGAAUAGGACUCGGGAAGCCGGAAGUGCCCAGAGGCUCAACGAGGCCGCGGGAGCCGGCUGGCGGCGGUGCGAAGGCUAUCCCGCGCGUAUAACAAAGAGGAUCACCUAACCAAGCCGAGAUGCAGAGCACUUCUAAUCAUCUGUGGCUUUUAUCUGAUAUUUUAGGCCAAGGAGCUACUGCAAAUGUCUUUCGUGGAAGACACAAGAAAACUGGUGACUUAUUUGCUAUCAAAGUAUUUAAUAACAUAAGCUUCCUCCGUCCAGUAGAUGUUCAAAUGAGAGAAUUUGAAGUGUUAAAAAAACUCAAUCACAAAAAUAUUGUCAAAUUAUUUGCUAUUGAAGAGGAGACAACAACAAGACAUAAAGUACUUAUUAUGGAGUUUUGUCCAUGCGGAAGCCUAUACACUGUUUUAGAAGAGCCAUCUAAUGCCUAUGGACUACCAGAGUCUGAAUUUUUAAUUGUUUUGCGAGAUGUGGUGGGUGGCAUGAAUCAUCUCCGAGAGAAUGGCAUAGUGCAUCGCGAUAUCAAGCCAGGAAAUAUCAUGCGUGUUAUAGGGGAAGACGGACAGUCUGUGUACAAACUCACAGAUUUUGGUGCAGCUAGAGAAUUAGAAGAUGAUGAGCAGUUUGUUUCUUUAUAUGGCACAGAAGAAUAUUUGCAUCCUGAUAUGUAUGAGAGAGCAGUGCUGAGAAAAGAUCAUCAGAAGAAAUAUGGAGCAACAGUUGAUCUUUGGAGCAUUGGGGUAACUUUUUACCAUGCAGCCACUGGAUCACUACCAUUUAGACCAUUCGAAGGGCCACGUAGGAAUAAGGAAGUGAUGUAUAAAAUAAUUACUGGAAAGCCUUCUGGUGCAAUAUCUGGAGUACAGAAAGCAGAAAAUGGACCAAUCGACUGGAGUGCAGAAAUGCCUGUUUCUUGUAGUCUUUCUCGGGGUCUUCAAGUUCUACUUACCCCUGUUCUUGCAAACAUCCUUGAGGCAGAUCAGGAAAAGUGUUGGGGUUUUGACCAGUUUUUUGCAGAAACUAGUGAUAUACUUCACCGAAUGAUAAUUCAUGUUUUUUCGCUACAACAAAUGACAGCUCAUAAGAUUUAUAUUCAUAGCUAUAAUACUGCUACUGUAUUUCAUGACUUGGUGUAUAAACAAACCAAAAUUACUUCUUCAAAUCAAGAACUUAUAUAUGAAGGACGACGCUUAGUUCUAGAACCUGGGAGACUAGCACAGCAUUUCCCUAAAACUACUGAGGAAAACCCUAUCUUUGUAGUAAGCCGGGAACCUCUGAGUACCAUAGGAUUGAUAUAUGAAAAAAUUUCCCUCCCUAAAGUGCAGCCACGUUAUGAUUUAGAUGGAGAUGCUAGCAUGGCUAAGGCAAUAACAGGAGUUGUGUGUUACGCCUGUAGAAUUGCCAGUACCUUGCUGCUUUAUCAGGAAUUAAUGCGAAAGGGGAUGCGAUGGUUGAUAGAAUUAGUUAAAGAUGAUUAUAAGCAAACAGUGCACAAAAAGACAGAAGUUAUGAUCACAUUGAAUUUCUGCCUCAGAAAUAUUGAAAGAACUGUGAAACCAUAUGAAAAAUUGAUGAAAAUCAACCUAGAAGCAGAAGUAGCUGAAAUUUCAGACAUACGCACCAAAUUGUUGAGACUCUCCAGUUCUCAGGGAACAGUAGAAACCAGCCUUCAGGAUAUCGAAAGCAAAUUGUCUCCAGGCGGGCUGUUGUCGGAUACAUGGGCCCAUCAAGAAGGCACUCAUCCAAGAGACAGACAUGUAGAAAAGCUACAAGUCCUGUUAAAUUGCAUCACAGAGAUUUACUAUCAGUUCAAAAAAGACAAAGCAGAACGCAGACUAGCUUAUAAUGAAGAACAAAUCCACAAAUUUGAUAAGCAAAAACUGUAUUACCAUGCAACAAAAGCUAUGACCCACUUUACAGAUGAAUGUGUUAAAAAGUACGAGACAUUUUUGGAUAAAUCAGAAGAAUGGAUGAGAAAGAUGCUUCAUCUUAGGAAACAGUUAUCAUCCCUAACUAAACAGUGUUCUGAUAUUGGAGAAGAAAUAUCAAAGUAUCAAGACUAUACUAAUGAGUUACAGGAAACUUUGCCUCAGAAAAUGUUUGCAGCUUCCAGUGGAAUCAAACAUACGAUGGCUUCAAUUUAUCCAUGUUCUAACACAUUAGUAGAAAUGACUCUUGGUAUGAAGAAAUUAAAAGAAGAAAUGGAAGGGGUGGUUAAAGAACUUGCUGAAAAUAACCAUAUUUUAGAAAGGUUUGGCUCUUUAACCAUGGAUGGUGGCCUUCGCAAUGUUGACUGUCUUUAGCUUUCUAAGAAGUUUGAGAAAAGUUUCAGUUUGCACAAGAAAAUAAUGCUGAAGCAUUAAAUGUGAAUGCUUCUACAGGUUGUGUCUUGUUUCUACAAUUCAGUAUUGCUGUGGUCAUGUAAAUAUGUACAAUAUUGUAAAUACAUGAAAAUAUAUAUAAAUUUUUGGCUGCUGUUAAGAUGUAAUUUUACCUUUUAACAUUUAUAAUUAUAUGAGGACAUUUGACCUCAGUGAGCACUAGAAGAAAGCCAUGACUGCUGUGUGGGGACAUUGAUCGUCCACUCUUCUGCAUAAGGCUAAGUCAGAUGUGUCUGGCUGCCUGCUGGAAGCAUUUGUAAAUGGAACCAAAAUGGGCACCCUUACAAACCAGAAGACCGGUGGCCGACAUUUCUUAAGUGGUGGGACGGAGAGGCGGCUUCCGUGGCUGGGACGUGGAACCAAACUGCUGUUUUCACAAGGGUCACAAUAUUUUUGAGAAAGAAAGUGGCAUUAUUUUAUUUUACAGGGUGCCCAGGUCCCAGUUAUCUAAUCAUAUCUUUUUACUUUCAGAUAAAUUAUUGAGCAGAAUUUUUAAGUGAUUUCAUUAUUAAAAACUAUUUGUUUUUGUUUUGCCCAUGAAUUUUAAAUUGUGGUAAAAAAAUUAGGAUCAUUUCACCUGUUCUAAUCUGUAUAUUUCUUCUUUCGUUCUGCUUACUACUUGAACAAAUAUCAAUAAAUUUCUCAGUUUUAAUGUAAA